GCCAAACAGCGGUUGUGUUGAACUGUGUUGCCUUUUAUGGUACCGCGAAACCAUUGCGACUCUUUCUUCGCGCAAGUUUGUUUUCUUCUGAUUGCAUAAUGUAGUGUGUCGACACAUCCGAGCUCGCAGCAAAGGUGAAACGAAACGAUACCGAUAAUAAAUCCAAUCAGCCGUGUUGUGUUGUGUAAACAAAGAAAGUACACCACUGUGCCAGAUCGUGGGUUUGGUCCUGUGUCCUUCCUUCAUCCAAAAUCGUUCGUAUCAAUCGCAUACAAAAAACGAAUCGAGCAAAGAUGGGACUCUCGAAGUGGGUGAACACAAUUUUCCGCGCCGGAAAAGUAGCAGCAACCGCCACUGAAACUGUCGCAAGCAGCGGUGCCACGGAUAAGAUGGUUAGAAAAACACUUGCGAAACAUCAACAAAAUGGAUAUGCAUCGGAAGCUACGUUCGAGACGCGGGCUUUCAAGCUGCACAACCUCGAGCAAGGUCCGGCGACGCAGGUAACCGUGUCCAAGGAGGACGCACUGAAGUACUACAGCCAGAUGUACAUGAUAAGACGCAUGGAAACGGCUGCCGGCAAUCUGUACAAAGAGAAGGUGAUCCGAGGUUUCUGUCACCUGUACUCCGGCCAAGAGGCGUGUGCCGUAGGCAUGCGUGCGGCAAUGCGCCCCGAGGACUCGUGCAUCACCGCCUACCGGUGCCACGGAUGGAGCUAUCUGAUGGGAGUUCCGAUACAAGGUGUGUUGUCUGAGCUGACGGGUCGUGGCGGCGGCUGUGCCCGCGGAAAGGGCGGUAGUAUGCACAUGUACGGCAAGAAUUUUUACGGAGGAAACGGCAUCGUGGGAGCACAGGUUCCGCUGGGCGUUGGCAUUGGGUUUGCGGCCAAAUACAACGGAACCCAGGGCGCUUGCAUCGCACUCUACGGGGACGGUGCCGCCAAUCAGGGUCAGCUGUUUGAAGUGUACAAUAUGGCGAAGCUGUGGAACACACCGUGCAUUUUUGUGUGUGAAAACAAUGGCUACGGUAUGGGUACGAGCGUGGAGCGCGCCUCGGCCAAUACCAACUACUACACGCGGGGCGACUUUGUGCCCGGCAUCUGGGUGGACGGUAUGGAUGUGCUCGCCGUACGUGAAGCGACACGCUUCGCGCUGGAACACUGUUCGGCCGGGAAGGGCCCAAUGCUGCUGGAAACGGCCACCUAUCGCUACUCGGGACACUCGAUGUCCGAUCCCGGUACCAGCUACCGUUCGCGCGACGAAAUUGCCGAGGUACGACAGACACGUGACCCAAUCACGUCGCUGCGUGAAAAGAUUCUCUCGACGGAGCUGGCCACGGUAGAGGAGCUGAAGGAGAUUGAGGGCAAAAUUCGGGCUGAGGUCGAUACGGCAACGAAGAUGGCGAAGGCGGAUAAAGAAAUUUCGGUUGACGAACUGACGGCCGAUAUUUAUGCGAACCCACAAAACCUCACUGCUGUGCGCAACACGAUGCCGCUAAACGAGCUAUCGCACAAAAGGAUAGGUCCAGCGGUCAAUAUGUAGGGUGCAAGCAUUGAUGCCGAUACCAGGCUGGCUAUGCAGCCUCCCUGCGAUAGCUUCCACUAUCGCUCCCUGCAGGGAAGAAAGACAACAAACGAGACAAACUACCGAUGCAAUCUCACUAGCCCAGUUUAAUUACCACGAUGCGGUUGUCGGUUGUUGCAAAUUGGCAUCUGUUCCGCCUGCCCGACAUGCUUCUACCACGAACUUAUCGAACACGACGACCAGACUAUUUGCUGCGAGCUAACGAAGGAAUACUGUCCUAACGCGCGCAACUUGUAUUUACAAUUUAAACAUCACAAACGGGUUAGAAAUGCAUUUUAAACAGAUUUAUUCAAUAAAACGCUACACUAAUCGUGUCGAA